AUGUUUCUUCUCAUUCGCAAGUUUCUCUUUGAUCUCGGCCUCCAACUGCUCGCCGCUCUUGCCCUUCGACAAAAGCUCCGCAAUGUUCUUGCACUUUUCCUCUUCGGCCUCGUCCUUGCGGACUCGACGGCGGAUGACGUUGGUGCGGCGGUAGACAGGCUGGUAGCGGUAGCCGGGGUAUUUCUUCAAGUGCUCUUCUUUCUCAAUUCGGGCGAGCUCGUUGAAGUGGGCCUUUUGCUCAGGAGGUGCCUAUCCGAAGAAGUGGGAAUCAACUUGGCGUCCACGACAUGCUUCCGGAACAGGAUGAAAGCAUUCCGAGGUCGGGGAAUGUGGUCGGCAUUUUGCUAUAUCCAUGGCUGGUCUUCUUCUUGCCGUCUUUACCAUUCGCCUUUGCGGGCGGCGAUCCCGAAGAACUGCUGGCCUCGGAAGCUGGAGCACGAGGCGCAGGAGCAGGAGCCCGACGAGCAGUCCGAGGAAUAG